CCCAGGGAGGAGCAGAGACUGACCCAGCCUAUUUAUGGCCAAUUUGGGGCUGGGGCCAGGUCUUCUGACUGCCAUUUGUCGGGGCCCCUGGAUUCCCAUUUCACCCCACGUGGCAUGUUGAGGUAGAGCUGGGGGCUCCUUCCACCCCCAGAAGAGACCACUUCUCUGACCACUGACCAUGGGAAAGGAAAACACCUGGCAAAGGCUUAUGCCCCAGGGUCCCAGGUGUGGAACUAGCAUCCCCCAACCUUGCUGGUGUUGGUCAGGGACUAGGCUUUUGGGGCAGGCACCUGAGGACGUGGUUAUACUGUCUCUUCCAGUGGAGGGGAACUGUCUGAGGAUGUGCCCUUGAGCCCAGACAGAGGAGAGGGCCGCCGGGCAGGACCUGGCAGUCCCGGUACAGAGCUCAGAAGGGGCACCAGUUCCUGCUCUGUUUACUGACAAGCUGCUGUCCUCCCUGAGCAAGAGGGUGUGGGUGGGGCAGAGGGCAAGUGCCAAGGAGACACAAGGCUGGGCACAUGGUUGGUCUGAGACAGUGUCUGAGGAGUGUAGGGCACCUGGAGGUGUUGCUCUGAGGACCCCAGCCCAGACCUCUGGCCUGGGGCACCCAGUGCCCAGGUACCACAGCCCCUGCCUUGGAUCCAGAGUCCCCCCAUCAGUGAGUCUUGGCUCUGCUUAUAGCAUCUGACGCCAGAGGGGCCGAAAAUAGCCCCUGGAGAAGCGGGAGGAGGGGGUUAUUUAAAGGGCCUGGGAGGAGCAGAGCAGAGAGGGUGUGAGGAGUGAUCAUGGCCACUUCGGAGCUGAGCUGCCAGGUGUCCGAGGAGAACUCUGAGCGCCGAGAGGCCUUCUGGGCUGAGUGGAAGGAUCUGACGCUGUCUACACGGCCUGAGGAGGGUUGCUCUCUGCAUGAAGAGGAUGCCCAGCGGCGGGAGACCUACCACCGACAGGGGCAGUGCCAGGCACUGGUGCAGUGCUCCCCCUGGCUGGUGAUGCGGAUGGGCAUCCUCGGCCGUGGGCUUCAGGAGUACCAGCUUCCCUACCAGCGGGUGCUGCCACUACCUAUCUUCACGCCCGCCAAGGUGGGUGCCACCAAAGAGGAGCGCGAGGAUACCCCCAUCCCACUACAGGAGCUGCUGGCGCUGGAGACAGCCCUGGGUGGCCAGUGUGCGGAUCGCCAGGAGGUGGCUGAGAUCACCAAGCAGCUGCCUCCUGUGGUGCCCGUCAGCAAGCCUGGUGCCCUUCGUCGCUCCCUGUCCCGCUCCAUGUCCCAGGAAGCACAGAGAGGCUGAGAGGGCCUGUGACUUGGGCUUCACUGUGGCUGGGCCCUUCCUGGCUAGAACUACAGAAGGGAGCUGCUGGCCAUGGAUGCUUUGUAGUUUGCCCAGAGUUGGGGGCUAGGGAAGAAGGGAGCCAGAGGCCAGGAUGCCUGAGCCCCCUGAGUUCCCGAAGGGAGACAAAGACGGUGGGCACUGAAGGUGGGGAGGUGGGGGCCAGCACAGCCUAGUACCCCAGCCCCAGGAGAAUGGACAAAAGAUGCCAGUGAAGGGUGAGAGUGCCUCGGUAGUGACCCUUGUCCAGGUUUCAGCUUCAGAGAAGAACUAGGAAAAGUGUGAGGGGAUCUGGAAUGCUCUAGGCAGGAGGCUUGGAGAAGAUUGGAGGGAGGGGGAUGUGAAGAGGGUAGAGGCAGGCAUGGUGGGGCCCCCAGCAUCUUGU